GACCUCAGCUUUUUUUCCUUCUUUCCUUAAAGCCUUGCAGUUGUGAGUGACGAUGUCUGUGGCUCCGGGAACUACACUGUGCAGAUGAGCCUGCGCCCAGCCGCAGAAGCAGGCCCUGAGACCGAAGGGUUGGCGCCUUCCCAAGAGACUUUCCUGGCUCUAAUCGCUGUGCAGAGCAAUAGCAGCCAGCCCGUGCUCCAGAUCCGGUCGUGCUGUGUGACACCUUUUGCCAGCCCAGGGGGACCCGGCGCCAUGUGCUGCCUGUUCCACAGGUUGCCGUUUGAAUGCAGACACAUCCAGGUACUGCAGAGCAGUAAGUCCAGACGUGCUAGCUUCACCAUCCAGCUGUUCCAGAUGCUGAAUCACUCGGUGGCCUAUUUGCACUGUGAGAUCAGUGUCUGCCUGCAUGGCAGAACAGGAUGUGAACAGGACUGCUUUGAAAGUGUGGAGCCAUUUCUCCAGUCAAGUGACAGGAACAGCUAUGGAAACCUGCACAACCUGAUCUCAUUUGGUCCGGUUUUAAGAAGGAAGAACAGGAUUCUAUACAAACCUGUGGAAGGUCCUGAUAGUGCCAUGCUGGUACCCGUUCUGCUGGGAUCCCUCACUGGCUUUGGCGUCUUGGGCAGUGCUUUCAUAAGCCUUUGGCUGCAUCACAGACAGAAAACCAAAACCAUACGCUGUCCACAACUUGGAGAAAUCCAUGGCCUGUGAACUAGGAGCAGCUGCUUGGUCCUGCAGAUCCAACACCACCGCUACCAUGAUCAGAAAAGCAACUUAUUUUGCUUUGCACACUGUAUUGCUUUUGUAGAGUUUCUGCUGACCCAGGGAGCAAGAUCCCCAGUUGUCGCUGUAGAGACGGACGAAGCGACACACACACACACACUCACAGGGGUGAACGAGCAGCUAGGGUUUUUAUUACUAAAAGCAUGUAUUUUUAUAUAUUUCAGGU